UCCAUCGAUCUAAUAAUCUCCUACAUAUUACUACAACUAAAAAGACUAAAACUGGGACAUUUCUUUGGUGCGGUUUUAGUUUUCGUCAGCCUGCCCCUCGCGCCGUGCGUCCGCAGCGGAAUUGACUUAGAAACCCCCCCACCCCCCUCCGUAAUCACCUCCCCCUUUCCCACCGUGAGCAACAGCGCCCCCGAUCCAACCCCGCAUCACCGCCUCGCGCAAGCCAGCCCCCAGAUCCCCUUGCUCCGUGAUCUGCGUCGUCCCUCGUCGCCGGUGGCGUCGUCCCUGGUCGCCGGUGAGUCCCUGGUCGCCGGUGGGCUGCCAGGUUGCUGGUGAAACAGUGUCAAAGCCCGCUUGCACGGCCGCAAGGUUGCACGACCCAUGUUGCUACAUUCCCAAAGGAGAAGAGCUUGGCAUUGGGCUAUUAGACUGUAAAGCUUGCAGGUUGGUCUACACAUCCAGGGUACAUUAAUUAUCAAACAUCUUUAUGAUCCCGGACCUGAGUUAGGCAUUCUCUUGGAGGGGAAUUCUGUGGGUUUAACGUCAUCAGACUGGGGAAGAAUAAUUUGAUCAUAAUGAAAGAUAUGCAAAAUAAUGAAGGUCGUACACCUUUUGAAGACUUGACAAACACCAUCAAUUGUGGUGGCCAGUCAACAUCAAAUUCAGGAGAACAAAUUGAUGAACGUGUGCAACGUAAAAGGGAAAGAGAAAAAGCACGAAGUGCAUCAAUGACUCAAGAACAAAGAGAUGAUAAAAAUAAAAAACUUAGGGAAAAGUAUCAUCAAGAAAAGUCUGAAAAAAUGCAAUACGUCGUGAACGAUAUCAUCAGAAAAAAAACAUGUAAACCUUGGUUUAUGAAUUCAAUAUUGUCAUUUUUAAGUUUAUUUAAAAUAUACUGAAGUAUAUGUUGACCAGUUGUAGUUGAAUCAACCAUGAAAAACUAUGAUGGCGAUGAAGAUAGUGAUUGGCUACAUCGAGACACCUCACCCAUGCAUAUUGAUAAAGAUAACACAUGUAUCGAUUUGGGCUUUUUUCCUUGUACUAAUUUUAUUUUCUUAUGCUUGUAUGAUGUCGAGGACAAGGUUAAUACAAUUUUAUUAUAUAUAUGUAGAUGAUUACUCCAAUAUAUGUAUAGAUCAAAGCGGCAUGAUUGACAUUACGGAUGCAUCACCUGAUCUAAACCUAGGUACAAUGUAGUUUCAUUAAUGUUAAUUGUUUGAAAAGGAAACGUGACCUGCGCAAUCCAAUUAUUGUUCAUUCUGUAUUAUAUUUAGGUCCUAUAAAUGCAUCCACUUCCAUCAACAAUGUUGUCACGUGUCCAAAAGAGCGUAAGCGUGAGGUAGAAAGAGCACGAAGGGCUGCAAUGUCUCUUGAACAAAAGGCGUUAUUAAAUAAGAGACGACGUGACUUGUAUGCACAGAAAAAUGCUGCAAGAAAACUGCAAAUGACUCCACAAGAAAAGAAGGUGAAACGAAAAGAGAGCAAGAAAAAAUACAAUACGAUGGUGAGGGAAAACCGAGCCAACAAUUUGCAUCCGGACUCAAUUGCUAUGGAGAGCCCUCACUUCAACCCUCAAAUUAUUUUUCCUGCUUCACCUCAAUCGUCUGAAGCGCCUCUAGAUGAUAUGGAAAUACCUGAAUUCGGUGGCACGCCUGUCCACAUUGCACCAACUGUAGUUCAAAAUCCAGAAGUUCAGACCCCUGAAUUGGUUGCGGCACAGACCAUACAUAGACAUCGAGUGACCAAUGGCGAGAGAAAUGCCCUUCUAUCCCGUCGCAAUCGGGUUUUUGAAGCAAACAUUGGAGCAAGGGCUAGAGGGGCGGAUGAAAAAUGCAACGAUUCGAACGGACUGACUCAACCGAGUGUUGUUUGCAACGAUGGUGUCACCCAACAAACUCCAAUUCAAGCACCUAAUAAUUGUAAUGGCACACAAACACAACCGUCUGUAGCUGACGGUACCUCUUCAAUGCCUCCAUAUAGUGCACAAGAUCAUACAUCAGACUCUAUGGUCGAGGAUGACUAUGACGAAGAUGUCAUAUUUGAGGAGGACGAGGAAGAGGAUGAGGCAUACUUUUUCGCCGGUCAAGAAGACGAGGAUGAGGGAACCGAUGUCGACACAUAUGAGCAAGAGAAUCAUGAGCCUGAUGUCCCAGAUCCAUAUGACCGGGUCUAUGCUAAUGUCCCAUCAGAGUCGCACAUGUUACCCUCGGUGCCGAACUGCAAGCACUGUAACGCAAAGAAAUUCGAUGGCGAACCCCCCGGAUUCUGUUGUAGGGGUGGAAAGAUUCAUCUUUCAAGUCCUGAGACACCACCAGAGCUCAUGAGGUUGUGGUCAAGCUCGGACGCUGAUGCUAGGCACUUUCGUGCAAACAUCAGAUACUUCAACGGCCACUUCUCUUUCACGUCUUUGUACUGCCACCUAGAUCGUAUCACCACUAACAUGCGAAUCUGUGGUGUCUACACAUUUCGUGCCCAUGGUCAGAUUUACCAUAACAUACGAUCAUUUGGUAAAGAGGAGGGUGUCGAAAAAAGACACCUCGAACUUUAUUUUUAUGAUGACGACCCAUCCCUCGAGCAUCGCAUGAGCAAGUGUCGUGAGCAAUGCGCCCAAAAAGAUAGAGAAGUUAUACAACAGUUGGUCGGGAUCCUUGAAGGGAAUCCUUACUCUCAGCAACUAAGGAGUAUGGGUCAUGUUGAAAACCUCGAGGAUUACCGAGUUGAGCUGAACCUUGACCAACGCCUUGAUCAAAGAACAUAUAAUGUGCCGUUGACAUCAGAGGUGGCCGCCGUAUGGGUUGAGGGUAGUGAGCGUCAUGGCCAAUUCGAGCAUAGUGUUCUCCUCCAAGGGAAGGAUCGGUCUAUACAUGGCAUCCGCUCAUAUAAUGCAUGCUACGACUCACUAUCAUACCCGUUGUUCUUUCCAAAGGGUGAGCUCGGGUGGCACAAUUGCAUUCCAAAAGUGGGUGUAACUAUGGCUCAAAUUGAUCGAGCUCGAGCAACCCGUAAAAGGCGUGCUGAGAAUGGUGACGACGAUGGAGGUAAAUUGAUCUUUUUUCAAUUAUGCAAAGUAAACUCUUUCUGCAAACUCAUGAUACUAAUUCAAACAAUGUCUCUUUGUAGAACCUGUUUCAAAUACAUGUGUCUCAGUACGCGACUACUAUUGCUACAAGUUUCAGAUGCGGCCAGGGAUAUUUAA